GAUGCUUUACUGUGGAUGUAAACAGCUGCCUGUUUCCAGUGAGUUCACGCCCACUUUGAGGAAGCGGAAGAUGGCCCAGCUCUGUUUGUUUCGUGCUCUUGCCGUAAACUGGAAGCAAACGUCUGAGUCCCAUUAGUGAUAGGUACAUCUGCAGUCAUCAUGGAUUGUUCUAAACUCUGAAAGCAGUCAGGAGAAAGACGUCAUCAAAGACAUGAAAACGAGGAGCCGUUGUGAAGAUGAGAAAUGCGCUCAUAUUCCUAACUCUGGCAAACUGUGCAAAGUACGUGCCGGUUUCCUGAUGCUGUAACUGCGGCUCUCCUGUCUCCCAUCACGGUGCUCCCCAGCUACUGCCUCUGCUGCCAUGAAGGUAGACAGCCUCCCCGUGGAGCUGUGGAGGGUUAUUCUGGCUUAUCUGCCUCUCCCUGACCUGGGCCGCUGCUGCCAGGUGUGUCGUGCCUGGCGGGAGCUCAUCCUGUCACUGGAUAACACCCGCUGGAGACAGAUCUACCUGGGCUGCCGCGAGUGCCGGCAUCCCAACUGGCCCAGUCAGCCUCACCUGGAGCCCCCAUCCUGGAGAGAGGCCCUGAAGCAGCACGCCAUGGCCACCCGCACCUGGACUCAAAAUGGACCAGAGCUCCAGUCCUCUGCCUGCCUCCUUUUCCGCCGUCGAAAAGACCGUAGGGUUUGGCAUGUUGGACAUGGAUGUGAGUUUGAGACCCUCCGCGGGGCUCUUGGGGUGGUUGGACCUUAUGAUCGUGUUGUUCUCCAUCCUGGGGUGUAUGAGGAGCAGGCUGAAGUAGCGCUGAAGGUGCCUGUGGAGCUGGUCGGAUUGGGCCGUUUGGGUCAGGUGGUCCUUCUAGUGUGUAUGGAGCAACAGUGUCCCACUGCCAGGCUGUGUAACCUAGUCUUCAUGCCACCUUGGUUCUCUUCUGUGGUCUACAAGACAUCAUGGGGUCAUGUCCAACUUGAUAACUGCAUCUUUGAGGGCGCUCAGCUGCAAAUCCGUGGCCCGGGAACUUGCCAAGCUCGCUUCUGUUCCUUCUUGCAGGGCAGCUCUGCCCAUUUGCUGGGUGUUGUCCUCAGUUUAUUGGACAGUUGCGAUUUCUCAGGAAGUGACACAGCCUCUGUGACUGUUGAAGGUCCUCCAGUGUCAGAAAGAAACUGGGCUUGCAAACACUUGGCAGGCCUGGCCAGGACGUAUCCAUCAUGUGGCCUGUCUGGAGAUAGUAGCCUUCCCAUAGGGCCUCAGCCUUUGUCCACUGUCGGUCCUCAGCCUCCAGGUUCUAAUAUUAAAAAGGAGCAUGUGAGCAUAGAAGACUGGCAGAAGAAGACAGGGGUAGAGGUGGUAUGUCAGGGCACAGUGAUUGAAGAUGGCUGGAGUGAUGGGGAGCGCAGUGAUGGAGAGGAAGAGAAUCGAGAAGGAGAAAAAUCAAACAUCAAAAGCCUAUUUACAUUGGAUUACAAAAUCCCCUAUGCCCAUCAUGGUCUGUCCCACUUGCUGAAGCCACAACCAGAUGGCUCUCUACCACUGGCUUCCUGCCCUGAUCCCCCGUCGGUGACUCCUGAGCCCCUCACCUUUCAGCAGGAACUAGACAGGGAUCCUGAUGCUCAUAUGUUGGCAGCAUCCACUCAUGGCUGCAUUCUCAGACGCUGCCUGUUCAGGGAGGGGAAGGGAGGUGUGCAUUUGUCUAACUUUGGUCAAGCUCGGCUGGAGGGCAAUGUUUUCCGAGGGCUGAACUAUGCUGUCCGUUGUAUCCAGAACUCCACAAUAGUGAUGGUGAGAAAUGAAGUGUGUGAGUGCCGUGCAUCAGGUGUGUUCCUGCGCCUCUCUGCUCAGGGCCUCAUUGCAGAAAACAACAUCCACUCCAAUGGGGAGGCAGGACUGGACAUCCGAAAAGGGGCAAACCCCAUCAUUGUGUGUAACAAAAUACAUAGUGGUUUGCGCUCUGGUGUUGUUGUCCUUGGCAAUGGAAAAGGUUCAAUUCGGAGCAACCAGAUAUAUAACAACAAAGAAGCAGGCGUGUAUAUUCUCUUCAGUGGGAAUCCUGUGGUCAGUGAGAAUCACAUCUUUCAGGGUCAAGCAGCGGGGAUUGCGAUAAAUGAGAAUGGAAGAGGGAUAAUAGCAGAUAAUGUGAUCAAAGAGAACCAGUGGGGAGGUGUGGAUAUCCGCAGAGGAGGUGAUCCCAUCCUGAAGAACAACUAUAUUUGUCACGGUUAUUCAGAUGGCGUGGUGGUGGGAGAAAGAGGACGUGGACUUAUUGAAGGAAAUCAUGUCUACUGUAACAAAGGCUGUGGUGUGUGGGUCAUGUCAUCCAGUCGUCCACAGCUCUUGGGAAACUACAUCACCCAUAACUACAUGUAUGGGCUGGCAGUGUUUUGCAGAAAGGAUCCUGAAAACAUCGAGGCCAGGGAGGGGAACUGGCCAGGGCAGGGAGGACUCGGUGGAGAAGGAGGCAGUGGUGAAAGGAGGGGUGUAGAGGGAGAGGCGAGAGAAGGGCAGGAGAACUUAAAUGAAGAGGGAGAACUGUUUGCGUGGGAGAGCGAUCUGGAUAGUGAGGAUGAGUGCCACUCUGCUCGUCGGUCCAUCAGUGUGGCCUUAGUGGAGAGCAACUGUAUGAGCUACAAUGGAGCGGUUGGUCUGUACGUGAAGAGCAGUGAGCCAUUAAAUGUCUUUGCUAACCUUGUGAACAGUAACCGUGGCACUGGCAUUGCUGUUCUGCAGAGCAGUCAGCUAACCCGACUGGUUACAAAUUGCAUUCUUGAAAAUGGUCGAGGUGGGGUAACAGUGGAGAAGGACUGCCGGGUGGAACUUCGUGGCAAUGGAAUCUAUGAAAACAGUGGCCAUGGUGUUGGUUUCAGUGGCAGUGGACAGAUUGUGGAGAAUGAUGUGGUUGGAAACCGUGGAUAUGGGAUCCAUGUUUGUGCAAGUGCCGACAUCAAGGUACUACGAAACCGUGUCCAACCAGCACAGGCCUGUGGCAUUGCUAUUAUUGGGCCAGUAAAAGGUGUUGUCCAUGACAAUCUCUUAUACCAGGGUCACCCUGGAAACAAAAAAGCACUCCUGCACUUGGACCCUGGCAAUGACAGCUGUUUAUUACGCAACAAUAGUAUUUUAAGGCAUAAUAACAGCUACACGUCUAUGACCUCUUGGGUUUUGGAAAAUCCUCCCCCACGUCCACUGGCUAGCUCCCCUUCUGGGCUCCCCUCAUCCCAGUAUCCUUCCCGACUUGGAAUCUCCAUGACUACAAGGAUAAGUGCCACUGUAGAGAGUGGUUGCCACAGUGGUAGUAUGUUCUGUUCUAUCCAAUGAAUAGUGGCAAGCACAACUUGGACAAAGGACUUUGCUAAAAGGCUUUGUGUACUGCACAUAUGGAGCUCUGGGUGUCAGUGAAUACUAAUUUUAAAUUACACUGUGUGCACAAUUAUUAGGCAAAUUAUAUUCCUCUGGAUUAAUUUUAUUAUCAAACAAGUAUAGUGCUCCGAGCUGAUCCAAAAACUUUGUGAACCUCAAACUUGAAUGUUUACCAAAGGAAAGUGAGUUUUGACUUUUUCAGGGGAAUAAGUCUGCACAGACAGUAGGCAACUUUUAUUGUCCAUAAUUUUUAUGCAAUGAAUUAACUUUUUUCUGACUUUUGUUUAUUCCCAGUUUUCAGAGAAAAUGUAACAAAUUUAGAAACACAAAAUGGCAAAUAAACCUAUUUGGCUUUUCAAAAGUAUUUGGUGACCAACGUAGGCAUCUCCUUUUUAAUAACUGCCAGAAGUCCAUUAAUGGAGUCUGUCACUUUCUUGAUCCGUUUACAACUUUUGCAGAGGCAGCAAUCACAGCCUCCACUUAAUUCUACUAAAGUCUUGCAGUUCAUGUCUUUCCUUCUGUUCAAUUUUUUGCAAUUUUUGUUUACUAUUUGCAACAAAACAUCUGAUUAUCCAGUGGUCAUGCUUCAGUAGUUUAGCUGCUUGAAGAGCAUUUCAUCCACCAGAAAGGUGUUUUGCCAAUUUUGACUUUUUAUUGUAAGUUAAAUCUCUUUUUUGACUCAGUUUACUUUAAGAAGCUGCCUAAUAAUUCUACACACCUUAAUGUAGGGUGUCACACUCUGACUUAUUACAAAUACAAAUCACCUGAGAAUGAUUAAAUCCAAUAAGCAAUUGAAUUUAUGUUGUUUGGAGUUGGAAAAUAUACAUAGACAUAACAAUAAGGUCAGAAUACUCAUUUGCCUAUUAACUGUGCACAUAGUGUACAUACCGCACAAAAGUGAGUGCACACCUCACUUUUCGGCAACCAUUUGAUUAUAUCUUUUCAAGGUACCAUACAAUGGAAAUUAAACUUGGAUAUACUAUAGUGCAGUCAGUGUACAGUUUGUAUAGCAGUAUAGAUUUACCAUCCACUUUAAAUUACUCAACACAAUUGUCUAAAUAGCUGACAACACAAGUAAGUAAACCCCUGUACCUGUCAUUCAAACAAAAAGCCACCAGUCCUCUUUAGCAUUUUCAUGCAUUUGUCUGCUUGACUGGACCUUAUAAAUUUGUGUAUCAUGAAUGAGAGCCUUUAAAUUUGGUGCUUUGGGUACAGUUCUCUUAUACUGGCCACUACAUGUUCAUGGUACCUAAUGGCAAAGAACUCUCUGAGGAUUUGAGUAAUAUACCCUAGGCUAUAAGAGUAUUGGUAAUGCCUUGAAACUAAGUUGCAGCAAUUUGGCAAAGGUCAUACUGCAGUUUUUCAAGAUGGGCUCCACUUGCAACAGGGUCGACCAAAGAAGUUGAGUCCUAGUGCUCAAAGGUUGAAGAAGCAGGCCAGCCUGUCAGUGCUCACACCAUAUGCUGCACACUGCAUUGAGCUGGUUCACAUGGCCAUUGUCCCAGAGGGAAGCCUCUUCAUGAAGCUGGCUCACAAGAAACCUGCAAACAGUUUGCAUUAGACCAGGGGUCAGCAACCCCGGUCCUCGAAAGCCACUGUCCUGCAUGUUUUAGAAGUAUCCCUCUUCCAACACACCUGAUUCAAAUGAUUCAAGCGCUGCAGAAGCCUGAUAAUGAUCGUCAGUUGUGCUGGAAGAGGGAAACAUCUAAAACAUGCAAGACAGAGGCUCUCAAGGACCAAGGCUGCUGACCCAUGCAUUAGACAAACAGUCCAAGAGCAUGAAUAACUGGAACUAUGUCCAGUGUUCUGAUGAGAUUUACAUGUGUUUGGCUCAGAUGGUGUCAGUAUGUCUGGUAGCCCCCUGAUGAGUACAAGAUAAUUGCAUCACACAUGGUGUUGGUAGCGUUGUGGUCUGGGGCUGUAUGAGUGCUGCUGGCACUGGGGAGCUGUGGUUCACUAAGGGAAACAUGAAUUCCAACAUGUACCGUGACAUUCUGAAGCAGAGCAUGAUCCCCUCCCUUUGGAAAACUGGGGCUUAUAGCCAUUUUAUAUAAGUUGAAGGUGAUGGAGUGGCCAAGUAUAUCUCUAGACCUGAACCCAAAUGAGCACCUGCUGCGGCAUCCUCUAGCGAACGUGGAGGAGUUAAGGUGUCCAUCAUCCACCAGCUUUGUGGUGUCAUUAUGGAGGAGUGGAAGAGGAUUCUAGUAAGGCAGUGCUACAUAAGUGAUAUUCACACAAAAUAUUGACAAUUUGGACACAGAAUGGACAUGUUCACUGUAAACUUGUGCUGCCAGCCACUUAAGACAAUAAUUGCUGUGUCAAGUUAUUUUCAGAGAACAGUAAAUCUAUACUCCUGUUGUACUAUAAUAGUAGUGCUAUACAUGCUGAACACUGACUUCUCUAAGAUGUAUCCAAGUUUCUUUUCUAUAGUAAGGUCCCUUGAGAAGAUAACAUAAAAUGGUUGCUGAACUGUGAGGGGUUGUACUCACUUUUGAGGGAUACUUAUGUCCUCUUCUGGGUAAAUCUGAAAAGAAAUAAUCUGCCCCUGUGGGUGUCUUAAACAGCUGAAGAGGCACAACAUUUUUGUAAAACAUUAUUUCUACACUCUGUGAAAAGCAGUGCACUCAAAAUAUAGAUCACAUUUAAGUACUGUUGAAAGUCAACUUCCUAACCAUUUCCACACUUCUCUUUUACAUGCAGAUUUCCUAUCAAUGUACAGAAUCACUGUAGUCUGUUGGUUUUGUCAGUGCACUUCCAAGACUCGCUGGUUAGGAAGUGCACAUUUAUUUAAAUCCUAGCAGGAGUCAAAGGCAUCAGAUACCAGCUUCAAUGCUACAAUGUUAAGCUGUGCCUUGUUUCAGUCAGUUACUGUAUCUAGGGAAGAUGUUUUUAUAGUAUAAGUUUUAUAUGCAAAACCAAAAAGUCUAACUCUAGCUCAUGCCUCUUGUGAUCAUUGCGUGAUCAUUGUGAUCUCUGCGUGAUGAUUUCCUGGUAACUGAUUUUUUUUUUUUUGGUAUCAUAUUAUUCAUUUUAGCUUUUCACAUAUGACACACUAUUAACACAUUUCCACUGAGUGGUUUCCAUUGUAAAAGGGAUCCAAUCAAACUACGUGUACUGUACCAUUUCUUGGUACCCUUCCAUUGGAGGUCCAUAGAAAAAUGGUACUGUACAGAUGGGUGAUGCAAGACCAGCAUUACUUCUUGCAUUAUUGCUGUUAGGUUUUGCAUUUGCCCUAAACCCUGCCUACCAAGUGAGGAAUAGGGCUGGCAGUGGAAACACUUGCCUGGCAAGGCCUUACCCUUCCAAACUGUACCAACCUGAACUCUACCACUCAGUGGAAAAGCUCCAUGUCUUUGAUAAUGUAAGACAGCCCUCCAAACAAGAGAGCAAAUACACCCCACACUCAAAACCACACAGACUUUACUGGUAAUUGCCAGUAGUAGAAGGAUAAAAUGUUCAGUGUGCAAUAUGCUUUGUCUACAAAAUGUGCCUAUACGUUUAACCUGUCCAGGCUAGGUGUUUUCUGUCAUCUAGAAUUUGUUUACAGCUCAUCACUGAACUCUUUUGUAUUUUGUACAGUGAGAUAUUAAAAUACCUCAUACUCC